AUGUCCCAGUACCCAGAGACUAUACCAUGUACCACCAAUGAAUGUGCCGAGGUCGCACACCCUGCCAACCAUACCAACCCAGUAGUCUGUGCGUCUCAACCCGCAGACACGGUGCUAGUCACUGCGAGUACCACAAGCACAACUGACCCCACAACACCCGCAAACCCGCACUCGUCUCAUACCUUGCCUUCGCUACCGCCUGCUACUUCCGCACCUACUGGAGCCGUUAUCACCCCUCUGAUCGCUGGAGUGCUGCUACAGGCCCCUUCAGGUGCUGUGCAUGCGGAUAGCGCUAUACAGAUACGUGGGGAAAUGGAAAACCAGUCUGUGCGUGGUCCAGGUGUAGAAGGGUGUGUAUGUGAGUGUACCAAGGAUACUGAGGAUGGCGUGCACGACCUUAGUAAUCGUUGCCAUGGCAACGGAAGUAUGCUCAAAGCCACUGGUAGCCGAGGCAGGAACCACGUCCGCCGGAAUAUUGAUUUCUUCUUGUCCGACAGUGAUGGGUCUGUUAACGGAAUAGACCUGGACUCUCGCCCAGCACACACCGUGCAUGCGUACGAGGGCUCUUUCUCCGACGCCGAGAAGGAGUUUGGUGCCGGUACAGCACUCGGUGGCGGUGCAGGAGCUGUGGUCGGUCCCGUUGAUGUAGAUGCGCUCGAGGACACGUUUACGGAUAUGCACCAGCAGCACACCAUGGGUAUGCAUGGCUCAACAACACCCCGGCCAUCCACGGGUGGCCCUUGCGAGAAAGGUUCCCACCAUACAGGUGGACAGACGAGCGGGGAGCGGCGGUCUGGGCAACUGAGUGACUCAUGGGUCCCCUUGCCUGUGUUUGCGCUUGUGCUUGCGCCUGAGCAUGCAACCUUGUCUGAGUCAGCGACUCAGUCCUCUGAGCGGAGUGAAUACAGUGCGCUAUCCAGAUAUACAACCUCAUCUGGCGAGGCGAGUGUACGCCUGCCUAAUUCUUCUAAUGCAGCAGACCGUGUGACGAAGGAGGAGCAUGCCCCUUCCGAUGAAGUUAUUGAUGUUUCACAGGCACAUAUGAAGAACUCUGUGGACGAUGCUAGCCGUGCAUGUGCAGCGGAGACGCGAGAAUCGAGCAACACCCCGCGAAAGCUGGAAAGCUAUCGGCAUGCGGAAUCUGAUACCACCCAACACGGUGCACAAGCACCCCUACCACGACCUACUAGUCAACCGCAACGACCUACCGGUCAACCGCAGCAUGUCUCUAAGAAGCCAGAGACCAAGCAACGCAAGAGCCAGCUACGGAAGCUAGACGUCGCGAGAGUGUACUGCAGGGUGCAAACGUGCUCAUACUGGGUGUACACGUACACCCCAAACAGUAUGAUGAGAGACCAUUUGCGGCGCAAGCAUGGGACGCACUCUGCUGCCGCUAUCUCGCCAGAUUCGGCUGACUACAACAUAGGACCGUCUAGAGCACUGCCACAAAGCCUGCAUGCAACUGUGGAGUCUAUAGGCACUCGGCCGAUGAGUGAAAACACCAGGUCAGCGAAUGCACUGACUCCGUCCACGCGUAAGCAUUCGCCGGUGAAGGCAGCGGAUGGCUCGUCUCAGGUGCACAAUGCUCAGUCCAGGUCUGAAAGUGCUCUGUCGAUAACCACACAUACGUCGUCUUCGGUGAAACCUCAGAACACUCAAGAGAUGGUUGUUAGGCAACGCCAGGUUUCAACCAGUCACGAUACAUGCACACGGAUGGAAGCGAUGGCUUUUACAGGUGAAGCAGCUGAUGUGAACGGUACUUUGGAGAUGGCUAAGGAGUCUCGUAGUACUGUGGAGACCAGCGGGGUGACGAAGCGUGCAGAUGAACGGAAGCUAAAUCCUGGUGCUAGAGAAGCUCCUAUCAAGCACAAACCCCGAGCCAAACCAAAAGCGAUGCCGGUAUUGCCAUCGUCGUGUAUUGAGGACGAAGAGGCGGUCACACAAGCACGGCAACAGGAAACCAGAGCCCACAACCAGACUCAGAAACAAGCACGUACACACAAACAUCAACACGACCAGACACGCAGAAGGCUUCGAACGGAGCUCAUAGAGAGCCACGGUCAGAGGCAAGGAUCGCCCAAGGUGAUUCCUGUGGUGACAUUAAAGAAAAAAUUGCCGCAGAAGGAUAGGCGGCCGACAGCGGAGGAUGCAACACGUGCACAGCAUCAGAUACGUAAAAGUAAGGGGCAAAAGCGUAAACGUGACCGCGAUCCGAAUAGUGACGCGUAUGAGAUGAGGUCUGAGGAGAGGGGUGGUAAUAAUGAGGGCUCGCCCAAGGUGAUUCCUGUGGUGACAUUAAAGGAGCAAUUACCACAGAAGAAUGGGCGGCCGGCAGCGGAGGAUGCAACACAUGCACAGCAUCAGAUAUCUAAGGGUCAGGGACAAAGUCGGACAAGGAAGCGUAAACGUGACCGUGAUCUGAAUAGUGACGCGUAUGAGAUGAGGUCUGAGGAGAGGGGUGGUGAGAAUCAGGACUCGCCCAAGGUGAUUCCGGUAGUGACCUUGGAGGAGGAGAAGCAACGUACGACACCAAAGAAUAGUGGGUUGAAGGGGGUAUACACGUGCGGGUGGAAUCACUGUCACAGGUUCUUUGCCACACGGCAGGAGAUGGAGUCCCACGUGGACUUUGUGCAUCUCAAGCGUACGGUGACAAUCACACGCCACACAGCUCAGCCACCUCAGGAGACUGAUGAAACAACCAGUUCGAGUACCCUGCCAGUACAUGACACGACUACGACGGCUACGACAUCGAACAGUAGUGGAUCUCAGACUGACACAGCGCACCACAUGGGGGAUGGACUGAGGAAAGCAUCCCAAAAGAUACCUCACGAGAAGGAUUCUGCCUCGCGCGGACAGACACGACCACACAUUCGCACACGCAAGCAACCGAAGACGCGCAAAGGGAAGGACCGGGAUGAAAGGGACCCUACCUGGGAACCCCCUCCCCGAGACCAUCCAGACUCUCCCCCAGUAUCACACAGCAAGCCGUCUCUGCAAGGCCGCACGCACAAGCUAUCUAAGCGAAGGCGAGUGGGGAGUCCGAAUGCCUCGUCAUACUUUAUGAAGGCAUCCAUGGGCGAGCAAGUGACAAGGCGACCGCGAGUGCCCUGUCAGAGGUGUAAACAGACCUUUGCGACCCAAAAGUCCCUGCAGACGCAUAUGGGCCAGGCGCACCAUUCAGGUUUGGCAUAA